GCGGGGUUGGGGUUUGUCGGGCGAUGGCGGCGGCUGGAGCCGGGCUGCCCGGUGUGUGAGCAGCGCCGCCGGCUGCAGACAGACAGACAGACAGACAGACCAGACACCCACCCACCCACACCGCCCGGACCGACCCUCGCCUCGGCGCCGGCAACCGCAGGCAUCUAAAGAUUCAUUAAAGCCCCUGUCCGAGGUUGUAAAGUGACUGGACAUUGAACAGGAGGGGAAAGUUAUUGAAGGUCGCAGGCUCCUGAAGGUUUGCAGAGGGCAGCGUUGGAACGUACAUCGAAUGACCUGGGCCGGCCAGGAGUUUGUGUGGAGUUGGUUCUGGGCGUGUUCCUUCACCAUGGCCAGCGGCCUCUUGCCCGUGCGGCCCCGUGCGAUAGCAGCAGCGGCCGGUUACUGAGGGAGGAAGGCCGUGACUGGGCCGCGCGCGGGGGGCAGCGUGGACGAGCGGUGGCCGCGAGGGAUGGGAUUACUCUGCCAUGGUCACGUAGAUUAAAUGGCAGCUCGUGAGGAGUGGCUUCCCGGUUGUCUCCUCCGCAGGUUGUCCCCUCCGCCGUGCCGACCCUUCGCCCGCGGUCACCCGCGCUCACCAUGGUCAAGUUCUGGAAGUUUGUGCGGAGUUUCAGGCAGUUGGAGCUGCACCGACUGAUCCUGAUGUUGAUGGUGUUCAGCCUGGUGUCCAUGUGUCUCCUUGCUUACUACGUGACCAACAGCCCCAAGAUCAAGGAAGCCUUACCCUUGGCCAUCAGUGAUUGCAACAACCAACACCGAGUCUCCCAGCCCCCUCGACACCACACCCCCCUCCUAGACUCCUCCCGCACCGACCCCAUGGUCCUCAUCUUUGCCGAGAGCAUUUACUCUCAGCUGAUCCAGGAGAUUGUCACCAUUUUAGAAUCCAGUCGCUUUAAGUACAGGACAGAGAUCGCCCCGGGGAAGGGCGAUGUACCGACGCUGACAGACAAGGGCCGGGGGCGAUUCGCACUCAUUGUGUACGAGAACAUUCUGAAGUACGUUAACCUAGAUGCCUGGAACCGGGAGUUGCUAGAUAAGUACUGUGUGGAGUAUGGAGUUGGGAUCAUUGGGUUCUUCAAAGCCAACGAGAACAGCUUGCUGAGCGCUCAGCUCAAGGGCUUCCCCCUGUACCUGCACUCUAACCUGGGCUUGAAGGACUAUCACAUCAACCCCAACGCCCCACUGCUCUAUGUGACCCGGGCCAACCAAGUGGAACAGGGACCUCUGCCGGGAGAUGACUGGACCGUCUUUCAGUCCAACCACAGCACGUACGAGCCGGUGCUUCUGGCCAGCACCAAGUCGGCAGAGUACAUCCCCCACCUCAGCACACACAAGGCUCUUCACGCCACUGUCAUCCAGGACCUGGGCCUUCACGACGGCAUCCAGAGGGUCUUCUUCGGCAACACCUUGAACUUCUGGCUUCACAAGCUGAUCUUCGUCGAUGCCAUCGCCUACCUGACGGGCAAGCGUUUGUGUCUGUCCCUCGACCGAUAUCUCCUCGUCGACAUCGAUGACAUCUUCGUGGGCAAGGAAGGAACCAGGAUGAAAGUCUUGGAUGUCAAGGCCUUGUUGUUGUCCCAAAACAAGCUGAGAACUCUGGUCCCCAACUUCACCUUCAACUUGGGCUUCUCCGGCAAGUUCUACCACACAGGGGCGAGCCAGGAGGACGCUGGCGAUGACAUGCUGCUGAAACACAGGAAUGAGUUCUGGUGGUUCCCCCACAUGUGGAGCCACAUGCAGCCUCACCUCUUCCACAACGAGACUGUGCUCGCUGACCAGAUGAAGCUCAACAACCAGUUUGCGCUGGACCACGGCAUCCCGACCAACAUGGGCUAUGCAGUUGCCCCCCAUCAUUCCGGGGUGUACCCCGUCCACACGCAGCUCUACAAGGCCUGGAAAUCGAUCUGGGGGAUCAAGGUGACCAGUACAGAGGAGUACCCACACUUGAAGCCGGCUCGAUACCGCAGGGGAUUCAUCCACAAUGGCAUCAGGGUUCUACCACGCCAGACCUGUGGACUGUUUACACACACCAUCUUUUAUAACGAAUAUCCCGGAGGAUCCAAGGAACUGGAUAAAAGUAUUCAGGGCGGAGAACUCUUCCUGACUGUACUGCUCAACCCAAUCAGUAUCUUCAUGACUCACCUGUCCAACUACGGCAAUGACCGCCUGGGCCUGUACACGUUCGAGAGCCUGGUGAAAUUCGUGCAGUGCUGGACCAACCUGAAGCUGCAGACACUGCCGCCGGUGGAACUGGCUGCCAAGUACUUCGAGCUCUUCCCAGAGGAAAAGGACCCUCUGUGGCAGAAUCCGUGCGAUGACAGACGACACAAGGACAUUUGGUCGAAAGAAAAGACUUGUGACCGGCUGCCAAAGUUCCUUAUCAUCGGCCCUCAAAAAACUGGUACCACAGCGUUGCACUUUUUCCUGUCCUUACACCCUGGAAUCAUGAGUAAUUUCCCCAGCCCUGUCACCUACGAGGAGAUCCAGUUCUUCAAUGGCGCCAACUACCACAAAGGAAUAGACUGGUACAUGGAGUUCUUCCCCAUCCCGUCAAACGUGAGCACAGACUUGACGUUUGAGAAGAGCGCCAACUACUUUGAGUCGGAGGUGGUUCCCAAGAGGGCGGCGGCCCUGCUUCCCCGAGCAAAGAUCAUCGCCAUCCUGAUCAACCCGGCAGAGAGGGCAUACUCCUGGUACCAGCACCAGCGAGCCCACCAGCUGCCCGCGGCUUUGAACUUCACCUUCCACCAAGUGAUCAGUGCCAGCCCCGAUGCCCCCAGGGAGGUCCGCCUUCUGCAGAGUCGCUGCCUGCUUCCAGGCUGGUAUGCCACACACAUUGAAAGGUGGCUGGCCCACUAUCAGCCUUCCCAGCUCCUUAUUGUCAAUGGCCUACAGCUACGAAACAACCCAGUGGCCGUCAUGGAGAGCGUGCAGAAAUUCCUUGGGGUCACCCUUCACUUGAACUACACUCAGGCACUGAUGUUCGAUGACAGCAAGAGUUUCUGGUGCCAGAUUGUAGAGGGCGGAAAGUCCAAGUGUUUGGGCAAAAGUAAAGGCAGGAAAUACCCAGAGAUGGAUUCAUUGUCACGGACGUUCCUGUCGAACUAUUACAGGGAGCACAACGCUGAACUCUCCAAGCAGCUGAAUCGACUGGGACAGGCGUUGCCCAGCUGGCUGAGAGAGGAGCUGCAACACAACCGCUGGAGCUGAGAGUCCGUCGCUCGCUCGUUCCCUCGCUGCCGAUUUCAACAGCCACUGACCUCCUCUCCCUUCCGUUCACCAGCUUCACGGGCGGAGGUAGUGGAGAUUGUGGGGCGCUCCCAUCCACUGGGUUGCUGGGCCAGAGACAGAACAAUACUGGACCGACCGACUGACUGACCAGUCGUGGGGGGGUCACCGCUUCCAGAUACUGGAACGUGCAACGCAGCACCCCCCCCCCCCGACCCUUGAAGUAUAUCCUCGUCAAACUGUGGAAUGAUUGUUACAUUGGCUGCUUUCACACCAGGAAUGUCCUAUCCACUAAAAGCAGGGACAUUGAUGUACAGCAGAGAGUGUUAGUUAGUGACACUUGCUGGCCACCAGGUACUAAUCACGUGGAUACCAAUUAAUUAUUAAACAUGUACAUAUUUCCUUUUUUUUUUUGAGGCAAUAAUUGUCAGCUGCAACCCAGGGAAACGAUCAUCGUGUCCCAUUCCUCCCUCCCAAACAGUUCCUGAAGGUAUUUGGACAUUCACGUUCAACUUCAGUUUGCAAAGACACAAGAAUUUCCUCCCAAGAACCUUCGUGGCUUCAGUCCUCCAGUUUAGAUUCCAUUUGGAAUAUUUUGGAGGACCAGGGAGCAAAGAAUAACCAGUGUUUAAUUGUUCUAUAUCUGUGUCUUGUCUAAGAGACUUACUACAUUUUAUCAAGGCCAGCUUGUCCUUUCUCAAGUUGUGGGGGUCUCGGGAAAGAUGUACCCCCCCCCCCAAUGUUGGACUCAACUCAUCUCACCUAUUGUAUGUCAUUCACAUUGAAUGAUGUUAUUGGAGAAUUUUACUCUCAAGACAGCUGAUGCUAUGUUGUAGUUUGCAGCGUUCAGUGGAGACCGAGGAUUGUGUUCUUUCACUUUGGGUGUAAAUUUUGUGGUUAAAUGUGAUGUACUUUGUAAGAACUUAAAACAUUCUCGACAUUGGCUGAGGCGUGUGUAAAUAUUAUAACCGUACAAAACUGGUCCAGCCAGACUGAGCAGAUGUGCCUGGCAAUCCGCAACUGUGAAUUAAACCAAAAAUCAAUGGUCAGAUAA